AUGUUCGCUGACGAGAACUUCUUCUCCCCCUCGACGGGUUCGGAAUUUCUCUCUUCGGAGCCUCGCAAGAGCGUGGGGGCCCCUACGGGGGGCCCCCUCGGGGCCCCCCUUGGUUCUUCAACUCAUGGCUUUGGGAUGUCAGGGUUUGGAAUGGCGGACGAAUUUGGGGGGGCAUCUGAGGGUUUGUCUCAGACGCAGACUGGUUCCCAGAAGACCCCCCAAACUGCUGCUGCGCAUACACCUGACGGGUGUAUCUGCAGCACAAUUCAGAUGCUGCGGCGAGCGGCGCGGGAGAGGGCUGGAGGAGGGGGGCCCCUGCAGCUGCAUGGGAGGGAAGUGGGUUUGGUGGGUUUGUGCGGCUUUGCUUCUGCAUUAGAAGUCCGUUCUUCUUUGUUCAAAUUCACCCUCGAAGAUAUGACGAGUGCAAUUGAAGUCGAAUGCGCCAAUAAAGCGGUGCUGCACAAAUUGCAGCUGCAAAUGGACGCCCAAGAAGAGCCAGUGGCAACAACCACCACAACCACCGCCACCACCACCACCAACACUGAGUUGUUGUGCAAGAGGCUGAAGGAAGGCGGCCUGGUAUCUGUGUACGGUUUUGCAUGCACGGACGACAAGGGCGAGGUGUACGUGGAUUGCUUUAAAGCAGCAGCAAUUACAGAUCCGAGAGAGUAUGCACAGGCUUUCCCCUUCAGAGUCAUCGCUGCAGCGCUGAAGGCGCAGGGCACAAACCCUAAUCCAGCGCUUAAAACAGAAGGCAAACAAUUGCAUCGUGACCCCACGGAGCAACAAACACACAACAAACAGGAGCCCAACGGUACAAUACAAUGUCUUCCGCCUCCUGCUGCUGCCGCUUCUAUUUGCGUUGUGCUGCCGCUAUUGCUGCUGCUGCUGUGCGAUGUUGCAUAA